AUGGGAGACCAAGAAAACCAAGGCAAUCAAGACCGAUCCUUGAAGGAGUUUGCAUCACCAACCACCCAUAGCUCAAUCUUUCUGGAGUAUUGUGACACAUUGAAGAUGAAUGGAGUGUCGGAUGAUGCAAUCAAGCUAAGGUUGUUUCCCUUCUCACUAAGAGACAAGGCAAGGGCUUGGCUGCAAUCACUUCCACCGGGCUCCAUUACUACAUGGGACCAACUCUCAGAAGCGUUCCUUGCUAAGUACUUCCCUCCGAGCAAAACAGCCCAACUGAGAAAUCAGAUAACAACCUUCACUCAAAAAGAAGGGGAGUCAUUGUAUGAUGCAUGGGAGAGGUACAAGGAUCUUCUAAGGAUGUGUCCACAUCACGGGUUAGAGGAUUGGCUCAUAAUUCACACUUUCUACAACGGUCUUCUCUACAACACAAGGAUGACCGUGGAUGCUGCAGCGGGUGGUGCAUUGAUGAACAAAAGUGUACGAGAUGCAAAACAACUCAUAGAGGAUAUGGCGCAGAACCAUUUCCAAUGGUCAGGUGAGCGCUCUUUACCCAAAAAGAGCGGGAGGUAUGAUGUAGAUGCAUUAGACCAUAUUGCUUCUAGAGUAGAUGCUUUAUUUCAAAAAUUUGAUAAGAUGAGCAUGAAUUCAGUAGCAUCUAACUCUACUACUAACUGUGAAAUAUGUGGUAUUAAUGGACAUCCUGCUGUGGAAUGUCAAAUUGGAAACUCCCCUUCCUCUGAUGCACCAUUAUCUGAACAUGUUAAUUAUAUGAAUAACUUUAAUCAGAAAGGGGACCCUUCCUCUGAGUGA